AUGCGUUCCUCGCUUGCUUUCUUCUCCCUAUUGCCAGUCGCAUUUGCGACCAGGCCUUUUCUCAAUGAGCCUGAUACCGCCAUCGAAGAUGUCCUCGGAGACACCCCAUCCGGCAGCCUCCCAGACCUGGAGAACAUGCUCGGGCUACCCGACUUCGACUGGGCCGCGCGGCGCUACCUCAACGCCUCAUCCUACACGUACUACCGCAACGGCGCCGCCGGCGAAUGGUCCUACAGGAACAACCUCGAAGUCUUCGGGCGGUUCCGAUUCCGGCCGCGCGUGCUGGUCGACAUCACAGACAUCGAGUCGUCCCUCUCCACCAGUAUCCUAGGCCACAACUUCUCAGCCCCCUUCUAUAUCAGCCCCUGCGCGAACGCGGGGCUCGGGCAUGAAGAGGCCGAGGCGAAUUUCGUGAAGGCUGCCGCGGCGGAGAAUAUCCUGUAUAUCCCUGCGCUACUGGCGACGCUGAGCAUGGAUGAGAUUGCGGCUGCGAAGCCGGCGAAUGCUUCGGACCAGGUGUUGUUUCAGCAGGUGUAUCUGGAUAGCAAUGAGACGGCGACGAAGGAGAUCUUUGAUAAGGCGAAGGAGCUGGGGUCCAAGGCGAUUGUGUAUACGGCGGACUCUGCGGCGGAUGGGAAUCGACACCGGGCUAAUCGGUUUGGUGUUGGGUCUGCGGACUCGGAUUAUACGUUCCAGACUUGGGGGUAUUAUGAGAAACUAAGGGGGUUGACGGAUCUCCCGAUUGUGUUGAAGGGGAUUCAGAGUGUUGAGGAUGUCAAGUUGGCGGUUAAGCAUAAGGUCCCGGCUGUUAUUCUUUCGAACCAUGGUGGUCGUCAGCUUGAUAGCUCGCCGUCUUCGUUGGAGGUUGCGCUGGAGAUCCACGAGGAGGAUCCUGAUCUGUUUAACCAGAUUGAGAUCUAUGCUGAUGGCGGUAUUCGGUAUGGUGCGGAUGUCUUGAAGCUGCUGGCGCUCGGUGUCAAGGCUGUUGGGCUGGGCCGGCCGUUUAUGUAUGCGAAUACGUUUGGUGUUGACGGGGUGCAACAUGCUAUUCAGCUGCUGAAGCAUGAGAUUGCCAUUGACGCGGGCAACUUGGGUGUCCCGGAUUUGAAGCAGAUUAACCCUUCAUAUGUGAAAUGGGCCAAUAAUGGGUGGUUGAGCUGA